GGACAGUGGUCAGUUAUAUAGUAACCCGGGCGGAGUAACACCACUUGAAGUCCCUCAUAAUGAAGAUCCAAUCUGCUGCCCCUUUGGGCUACUUUCUGCUGAUGGUUCUGGGGAUUCUGUCCCAAACCAGCUUUACAACUGCCACAAAUGGAGUGAUUCCUGCUGCUGUACCAGGUGCUCCUGGUGUUCCCACUACCGUGAUUCCCUUGGCCACCAGCCAUCAGUUUGUUACCCGUAAUUGGAAUCGCAAUGUCUAUGUGCCCACAACCACCACAUAUUCUCCAACUACUUAUUACAAGUAUAGUGGAGGAUAUCCCUCAUAUCCUCAGUAUCCAGUCUACCAUUAUCCUUACACCUCCACAUAUCAGUACACAUAUCCGUACUAUUAUCCCACAUAUAACUAUGGUUAUGGCUAUAGGGGUGUCUGGUAAAGGAUUAUCUUUGUUUAAAUAUAUAUUCCACCUACAAUUUAUUGUGAUAGUAUUCGAAUUCAAAUGAAAGUAUGUAUGUAAAACAUAUGAAA